AUGCCUCGCCAUCGCGUUCGCUGGAAGAAUUACGCUGUUUGGCCUGCAUUAAAUAUGCCACAUGAAGGGGUUUUUACGGAAGAUGGGUAUUUGUUCCAUCAUGAGACCCCUGUGCCUCUCGAAGACUGCCACAUUCAACGUUUGUUGGAGUAUGGGAUUCAGUUAGCUCGUGGAGAACGCUUCUCUCCUGAGGAAGAUAAAAGAAUAAGAAAGAACUGGCGUUCCUUUGCUCGUGAUCACGGGCUUAUCUAUGAGGAUGCACGUUUCUAUACUGGUUUUGUGGAUAGUUUAGAAUCGGCAAAACAUCAGCGAAAGCAGAAUGAUCACCUCGUUGGAUUGGGGAUGUGGCCUCGUUUGUGUCGUAAACUGGAAUGCAGAAGUGCUGCCCAGAUACAGUCUCGAAUUCGCACUAUUUUUGAUCCUUACUACGUAGGGUAUCCUUCCCAGGUCUCGUUAGAAACAAUGCUACGAGUCAACGAGCUAGCUCUCCAAGGGGAAUCGAAAUCCAGUAUAGCAUGUGCGUUAGGUAUAUCCAUGAAUCGUUUACAGCACAUCAUGCAUCGUUACACUAGAAGUUUAGAGAAGGGAGGAUGGAGUGUAGAGGAUGUUGCGCGCGAUCCCAAUAUUUUGACGAAAAAUUUUCUCAACAAGGAGAGAUAUAGACGGCUAUUCGAAACAGUAUUAACGAAAUCCUCUCUCUCACACGCAAAGGUUGCUGAGCUUCUGCAGUCCUCGCCUGGUGAAUUAGAAACCAUUUUGAGGGAUUUCAACUGGACGGUGCUAAUUCCAGCGUUCCCUCCAUUAAAUGCAAAGGAGAUUAAACGAUCCUGGCGAACUAUUGUCGAAGAACUACGUGUUUCGUUUAUUGCUCAUCUCGACAAAUCCGAUGAAUAUCAAGCUUGGAAUUCCGCUUUGGAUGAGGUUAUGCCCUGCGUUCGUUUUUCCUUACGUGAUAUGAUCUACUACACGAAAUCGCUCCGAAAGUGUAUAGAUAAGAACACCACGUUAGUUCACUCCCAGUUCAUAGACAAGAUUAAGCUUACAAAGAGAUUGUCUACGAAAGGUAUAGUGGACGUUGAAAGCUUCGACUUGAAUACAUGUCCCAUCUAUAAGCGAAUUUUAUCUUUUAUCCGGACUAGAAAUACUUUCAUAUUUCGACAACUUCGUUUUCCAUUAACAGCUAGAGAAAAACUACGUAUUUUGGAGACAUGUUAUCGUCGCCUGAGGUUGCCAACAGAUCAAAAUAUGCUACUUACCACUCUUCCAACAGUAAAUAUGCGGCUCUUUGUUGAAUGUAUUAUCGAUAGGAUGCAAUGCAUAGAUCCUUCCUGGCAACCACCUGUUUUUUUCCAGAAAUGGGUCCGCUCAUGGCCUUAUGUUGGCAUGUUUUCGAAGCACUCCAAUAAUGAGGAAAUAAGAAACACCGUAGUAGAUCCAUAUUUCCUGAGGCGAUCGCUUUUUGAGGACACCAGAAGUUGUCUUUAUGGACCUAAGCCAUCCACCAGAGAUCUCCAUCCGCAGCCUCAAAUCCCCGAAGAGGAAGUUUCUGCCCCAGUGCAACCCUCGAGUCAGGUGCCCGAUGAAGAGGAAGGCAACGAUGGUCCUCCUAAAAAACGAAAACGACAGCGUUCGAUUUCGAAUUCUUCUCUUACGAGUCCCCUUCAGGCGUUGCCAGUCCCUGCACCUGGUAUUCCUUCGACCAGUGUUGAGCCAGAAACAGAAGAACUUUCCUGGAGUCCAUGUAAACGUGGAAAAGAAUCGACAAGAAUAGCUCCUUUAGAAUCUAAAUGCAGUUUCGCUGGCGAGAUGCAGGAGUCAUCUUAUGAUAUUUUCGCUGACUUUGUUGAUGAAACGAUAGUAGCUGGAAACCUUCCAGCUACUGGAAUCAGUUUUUCUGAGGAAGGUCCUCCUUCAUUAGAACAAACAUCGCCACGCCUUCAGUCUUGUGGUUUAGAGGAAGAAUCUCCUGCACCUUCACCAGAGCGAAAUGUAUUUCCUUGGGAGAAAACGGAAGAUGUUUUCAGUGAUCUGAGGAUAUCAAUCCCACCUCGAUCAACAGAAUCAAGAGUUACGGAACCGGAUGACGAUACUGGUCUUUUGCCAAAAGAUGGAUGGACUAUGUUUCUAUCAUAA